UGAACGGGCAAUACGAGAGCUAAGAGAUCGUCAAAAUUUUGGCAUGGUUGAUAUUAUAAAAACCAGGUGAAAUAACUAACCGUUUUCCGAAAAUUAUUAUGAAAAUGGAGUGGAAACCCGAAGAAGAAGGACUAAGGCAAAUUCUUACGCUUCUUAAAGAGUCACAGUCUCCUGAUACUGCUACUCAAAGGGCUGUUCAACAAAAAUUGGAGGAACUGAAUAAAUAUCCAGAUUUUAACAACUAUCUGAUCUUUGUUCUAACGAAGUUGGUCUCUGAAGAAGAACCUACACGUUCUCUUAGUGGCCUAAUCCUGAAGAACAAUGUCAAGUCUCAUUACAACAGUUUUGUACCGGAGGUCGCCGAGUUCAUAAAGCGGGAAUGCUUAUCAGCAGUUGGUGAUCCAUCACCUUUGAUUCGUGCCACUGUUGGCAUAAUCAUAACAACAAUUGCCAGUAAGGGUGAACUUACAGCAUGGCCUGAAUUAUUACCAUCAUUGUGUCAAAUGCUUGAUUCACAGGAUUACAAUGUUUGUGAGGGAGCAUUUGGUGCUCUACAAAAAAUAUGUGAAGAUACAGCAGAAGUUCUGGAUAGUGAUGCACUCAAUAGGCCUUUGAAUGUUUUGAUUCCGAAAUUCUUGCAGUUCUUUAGGCAUGAAUCACCUAAAAUUAGAUGUCAUGCAAUAGCCUGUGUGAAUUACUUUAUUAUGAGUAGAUCACAGGUCCUGAUGUUACAUAUUGAUUCUUUUAUUGAGAAUCUAUUCCAUUUGGCUGCUGAUGAUGAUACAGAUGUUAGAAAAAAUGUCUGCCAUGCUUUAGUGUUAUUAUUGGAGGUUCGACUUGACAGGCUGAUACCACAUUUGCCUAAUAUAAUUGAGUAUAUGUUGGUGAGGACACAAGAUGCAGAAGAAGGUGUCGCUCUAGAAGCAUGCGAAUUUUGGUUAUCAUUGGCCGAACAGAAUGUUUGCAGAGAGGUGCUGGGACCCCGUUUGCCAGCUCUGUUGCCAGUAUUGGUCCGUGGUAUGAGAUACUCGGAAAUGGACGUGAUACUGCUAAGGGGCGACAGAGAUGAUGAUGCAGACGACGCAGAGCCGGACAGGGAGACUGAUAUACGACCCAGAUUCCACAAACCACGAUCACAUACUGUGAAACACACUGUGAUGGGCAGCGGUGACAGCAACAUGUCUGGUGGUGGAGACUCCGAUGAUGAGGAUGAGGGCGGUGAUGCAGACGACGGCACUCUGUCAGACUGGAACCUGCGCAAGUGUAGCGCUGCAGCUCUGGACGUGCUCGCCAACGUGUUCGGCGCUGACCUGCUGCCGGUGCUGUUCCCCAUCCUCAAGGAGACGCUGUUCCACGACGACUGGGUCAUUAAGGAGAGUGGUAUACUGGCACUGGGUGCCGUGGCGGAUGGAUGCAUGGUCGGCAUGGUACCGCAUUUGCCAGACCUGGUCCCUUACCUGGUGUGCUGCCUGGCCGAACGGAAAGCUCUGGUACGAGCUAUCACGUGCUGGACCCUGUCGCGUUAUUCGCACUGGAUUGUAGCACAGUCGCACGAUCUUUACCUAAGACCCGUAAUGACAGAGCUAUUGAAACGAGUACUGGAUAACAACAAACGCGUCCAAGAGGCCGCUUGCUCUGCGUUUGCGACUCUAGAAGAAGAAGCUUGCACAGAACUAGUGCCAUACCUCGGUCACAUCCUGCAAACAUUAGUGUAUGCGUUCAGCCGAUACCAGCACAAGAACCUGCUCAUCCUGUAUGAUGCUAUAGGAACACUUGCUGACUCUGUGGGGCACCAUUUAAAUAAGCCUGAAUAUAUCAAUCUAUUGAUGCCACCGCUUAUUACCAAGUGGAAUGUGCUGAAGGAUGAAGAUAAGGAUCUAUUCCCGUUGCUUGAAUGUCUCUCGUCCGUGGCAACAGCACUGCAAUCCGGAUUCCUGCCGUACUGUGAGCCUGUAUUCAGACGAUGUGUCUCACUCAUAGAACAGACUCUCAAUCAGAACAUUGCCAACACACAGAGUCCGGACCAGUUCGAGGCGCCUGACAAGGACUUCAUGAUAGUCGCGCUCGACCUGCUGAGCGGCCUGACUGAGGGUCUGGACGGCCACAUCAACCACCUGGUGCUGAACUCCAACCUGAUGCAGCUCCUAUACCAGUGCAUGCAGGACCCCAUGCCCGAGGUAUAUCCUGUUCGGCAGUCAUCGUUUGCCUUGCUGGGUGAUCUAACGAAGGCAUGUUUCCAACACGUACACCCAUAUAUAUCGGAGUUUUUGCCCAUACUUGGUAUGAACCUGAAUCCUGAACUUAUAUCUGUCUGCAAUAAUGCUACCUGGGCAAUCGGGGAGAUAAGUAUUAAGUUAGGUCCUGAAACAUCAAAAUAUAUCCCAUUGGUUCUAAACCAUUUGGUGGAUAUUAUAAAUAGACCCAGCACUCCGAAAACCCUAUUAGAAAACACCGCGAUUACGAUCGGUCGGCUAGGUUAUGUGUGCCCACACGACGUCGCACCUGUUUUACAUCAAUUCGUUCGCCAGUGGUGCACGUCGCUACGCAACAUCCGCGACAACGAGGAGAAGGACUCCGCGUUCCGUGGGAUCUGUCAGAUGAUCCAGGUGAAUCCAGGUGGCGUGGUGCCAGACUUCAUGUACUUCUGCGAUGCGGUCGCAUCGUGGUCACAUCCCAAAGACGACCUGAAGGAGAUGUUUACGAAAAUACUGCACGGGUUUAAGAACCAGGUGGGCGAGGAAAACUGGCGCCGAUUCACUGACCAGUUCCCCGCGCAGUUGAGCGCGAGACUUACCGCCAUGUGCGGGAUAUAGACCGCCGACACUUAUACUAUGGGGAACCAAUGUCAGCACGGGUCGGGAAGACAUUGCGUGGUAGCCGGCUGCGGCCGUUACAAGUGCCAACACUAAACUAACUACACAUACUAGUGGUGCUCUACGUUGUCGAUAUAAUGAUAUCGAUAGUUUUGUAUAUCACCGCGGCGAUGCACUUAUGACAACGGCCGACUCGGUUCGAAGUUAGGGAAACGCACAUAUAGGUGGAGUAAUUGUAUUGUGGGGUGCUAGGCUUAGCGCACGUUGCAUGCUUACGUGAGAUGUUCACACUCAAUGUAACAAGAGGUGCCGCGGAGUAGUUCAAGUAGGUUGCAAAGGCAAUCCAGGAACGUUAUACCUAGAUCCAAUAACGCUUCUAUUAUUUGUAGUAAAUAUGUGACACUGUCAAGUCGCUUUAAUAAAAAUUGUCAGUUUUAAUAAAUAUUUUACGAAAGCUUUGAAUUAUUUUCUUUAUGUAUGCAACAUAUAUUUCACCAAAAAAAAAUACAAAUAAAUAUAAAAAAUACGAAUAGUAAAAUAUGAAACGAUGUAAGAUAAAUGUGGUCUCAAGACUAAAAAUUCAGAGAGAUUUAAGGAAAAUUCAUGAUAACUUUACGGCCACUGGAAAUUACUUAUAGUGGUAAAGUAUUUUCUAUUUUAAGAAUGGUAUCGAAAUAAGAACUUACCUUUCCUUACAUUUACAAAAAACGGGUGUCACUUUGACAAUAGAACACAGUAUUGUAGUAUUAAUAUCUCAAGCAAAAGUGCAACAACUUCGAAUAGAGUUAGUUAUAACAUAAUUCAUUAAUUACGAUUGCCUUUCUAACCUCAUUUGUCUAGUCUGUGGCCUUUAUUUUUAUGUACCUGUGGCCAAUUACUUACAUAAUGCUUGUUUUAACACGAAUAUCCACUAAACUAAAAUAUAUUUGCUCAAGGUAUUUUCCAAAUUAUAUAAAUAAAAAAAUAUGUUGUGUUCAAAUUGAUUUCAGUUGUUCCAAAUUUUGAUUACUUUGAUUGUCAACAUCUCUUUUGCGUUAAGUGUUUAAACCGGGAGUCUUCGUAUAGACGGGACUUCCUAAAGACAACCAAUGUAAAUAUCAACUAAUCAAGUGGUCGUAAGGGACAAUCGCGAGCGAAUCGAAGCGAAUCAAUCGUGAUUUUAGUGUUGUAUUGCAUGAAAUUAGUCGUAGAGUUCUAAUGAUGAACAAUUAAACUCUUAUCGAUAUGAUUCAUGAAAUUCCCAUCACUAAUCACUUUUUGUUUAGAUCUCAACUGACGCACGCUAAAGCUUGCGUUGUUUCGCUAUGGGUGGGUGUGUCGUGUAACUAUAAAUUUGAGGUUAUUGGCUUAUAAGAUUAUGUUAGGUGUGUAAAGUUUAGUCGUAGUUGUCUGGUGGUCUUUCAGACUAAUGCCCGCCGUUCAUGUAAUAUUAGUAGCAUUAACUUCAACAUGUAAACGGAGCAAGAAAUUCCCGUUAAAAUGGAACUGGCCUUGCAUACAAAAAUUAAAUCGAUAGAAUGGGGAUUAAGAUAAACAUACAAAACAGUUUUACCGCAAAUGGAAUAUAACGUUUCGGACAAUGAUUAUAUUUUGUGUUAUUUUUAGAUUAUUUUUUAUAUAUAUUACUAAAAGUUCAGUCUGACCAUUCAGCUAUUUUUAAAUGGCAUCGUUGAUGCAGCAGUAGGUUUAUUCAAAUAUUUUUAUAGUUUGGUAAAAUCUUAGUAUAUUUUUAAAGUGAUAACCCUCAAUCCUGGGAUUAAUUACACAAAUUAUUGAGAUUUGAAUGAACGACAUCAAUCUCCUAAUAUGCAAAUAUUGGGUUCAACCUCCAGCAGGCAAAGUAGAUUCUGUAGAUGAGGCCACAACCUGAGAGUUGAACAAGACAUACAAGACAUAUCAACGAUACGUCACUCGAACGGCUGGCUCAGUGGAAGUUCGAGUCGCGCAUCGUUCAUAAAUUUUGUGUUCAAAUUUAAUUUGUGUAAAUUCGUCUCAGCUAGACGUCUAUAAAAUCUAAUCUUCUUUAUAGAGAUAAAAAACGUAAGCAUAGUUUCCUAACCUUACUUACUCAGUAGCAGGCCACGUACCUAUGUUUAUUUUUAUUAUUAUUUUUUUUUUUUACUUAAAUAAAACCAUUUCCGCAAGCGAUAUUAUUACUUUGUAGGCACAAGCCUUAGAUUAUUUAUACGCCUAGAUAUACUAUCAGACAGCUGUGAUAACGUCGAAAAAAAUUGAGUUUAGAACUAACCUCUAUUUUGAGCAAUUCGCGCACACUAACACAGUGUCAUACAAAUCGCGAGCGUAAGACGUACCUUGUAACUCACACUAAACUAAUAUUCCUGGCCUGUUUUUAUCGGUUCUCUAACAGCAAGAGAUAGAGUCUCUUUCUAGACAUAUAAAUUAUCUAAGGCACAAGCAAUUGCACGUAAUUCCAGAAAAACGUUCCAAACCACAAUCAUGUCAAAAUCGAGUUAAGAACACAAAACUGGUCACGUGAUUCAUAUUAACGGACUGACAAAAAAUGGCAGCCCUACUGACUCUAAGUCAUGAUGACUUAGUAGCCCAACCCACAUGUAUGGAAUACACUAAUAUUUAUUGAACUUUAGACACGAAUUCCUUAAAAUGUGAUGUUUGUGGCUUGGAACGUUUUUCAUGAACUACCGUCCAAUUAUUUUUUUCUCUCAUUCGGUUUGAAUUAAUUACAGUAGUAAUGUAUAUUGAUAGCAUUUAUGUAUGUAUUCGGCUAGUCUAAAUGUUUAUUAUAAAAUUACAUAAUAAUAUGUUAACUAUUUACCCCCGUAUUCAUAAUGGUCCGCUAACUUUAAACAGCCGCUAAGAAGUGUUUUUUCUCAUUCCGACUUAGGUCAAUAGAAGAAGACAGAGUGAGAGUUAGCAAUGCUUUAAGUUAGCAGACUAUUAUGAAUAAGGGGGUUGAAAUAAACCAACAAGACUUGUGAACUCGUGAAUUUAUGUGAACUGUGAUUUGUGACUGGUUUAUUUUGACUAUUAUUAUAAUAUGUGUAUGUUUAUUUGUAUGUGUAGUGACGGUAUAUUGCUUUGAUAGAUUUUACGUUAGAUUUCUGCUAUAUCGUAUACCAAAUAGUAUUUUUAUGUUUUAUUUACAUUAUGGAUUUAUGUACAUGUGUAUGGGUAUGUUGGUCGGCGUUCGGUACUUGACUCAUACUAUGAUCGCUGUAUUAAAUUAAAAGGUACUUAGCGCCUUAGAGAUGAUUUCUUCUUUAACCGACUUCGAAAAGGGGAGGUUCUCAAUUCGAUUGGUAUUUUUUUUAUGUACGUACACCGAUUACGCUGAGAUUUUAAAAGGCAUUUAUUUUCUCAAAAUUGAUUCCUCUGGAAGAAUUUUGAUGUCAUUUCUAAUAUACUAGAUACUACUACCGCUUCGGAAACAAAUGGCGCUCUGAGAGAAAGAAGCGGCUCAAGAAACUCUCUCAGCAUUCUUUUUUUACGCUCUUUUUAAUAAAAUUUAAAAUAUUUUUAUUAUAUUGCUAUAAAAUAUUCAUAAUCUAGUCCCAGGCUGUCCGAUCACUUAGAAAUUCAGGCUAUUAACGACAGAGCCAUUUUUUAUGAUCCGAUUUCCAUGAUUCUUCUUUAGUUUGAUGCGGAAUGUUUGCCAUUUGGUCCCAUAAAAAUUUGACAUAGUUUGGCCCAGUAGUUUUCAAUUUAUGACCAAUUUUAAUGAAUAUUUUUGUUUUUCUAGGCAUUAUUGCUUGAGACAAAAUCUAUCCAAAAUCACAUUAGAACUUACUUGUUCUUCGUAAACAAACCUAACGAAAUAUCUACAAUAAGUAGCGGGUAUAGAAUAUAUUUUUUUAAAUUAAUUUUGCACCAAAAAUAGGACUAAUUUAUAUCUGUUAAUAGGUAUAGAUGUAUGUUGUUUGAGUUUACUUUUGAAAUUGUUAUACUUUUUCCCUUGAAUUACUACUGCACCAGACAUGCUUAAAUAUUUUUUUUUUUAUUUAGUUAGACUGCAAUCCGUAUUGCUCGAAACAAAACAUGACCGACCUGACAUGUCACAUUAUCUGUUUCGUAUUGAAGCUACUACUAACAGCAAGCAUUCUCUGAAACAGUAACGUUUUAGAGAAAAGUUGUUUUUAUAUGUUAUGCUGUAGUAUUUCAAUUAACAAGUACAAUUUUAGUAUUCUGUUAAACAUCUGGAUACAAUAUUGACAUAGCAACCAUGGGUACCACAACGGCACCUAUUUCUGCCGUGAAGCAGUUAAGUGUAAGCAUUGCUGUGUUUCGGUCUGAAGGGCGCCGUAGUUGGUGAAAUUACUUGGGAAUUACAAAUGAGACUUAACAUCUUAUGUCUCAAUGUGACGAGCGCAAUUGUGGUGCCGCUCAGAAAUUUCGGGUUUUUCAAUGGGCACAUCAAUUACCAUCGGCUGAAUGUCCUGCUCGUCCCUUGUAUACAUAAAAAAAAAGUUUUUUCCAGCGGAAUAUAUAAUAUUUCAUAUAUUGUAUAAGAAUUUAUUUUGACAAGUCGAAAUGUCUGCAUAGUAUGUGUUGACUGCCGAUGCCAGGAUCAACUAUAGUAUGUUUGAUUUGAAGUAUUAUAUAUGUGUAUAUUGUAUAUGUAAAUACAUAUUAUUAUUGUGUUGUAUAUUAUUAUAUGAUAUUGAAAUUGUUAUAUUUUGUUUGUAUUUAAAGAGAAAACUAAAAAGUCUGACUUUAACAGCUUAAUUUAAAGUUGAACGUCAUUUAGUUACAGAUACGAGUAUCUUUUUCAUUGUUAAGUUGUUCAGUUGAUCUUUCUCAGAUUAAUUAAAGAUAAAAAUAAAAGUAAAGUUGAUUUAUAUAAUUUAAAAACUGAUUCAAAUACGACUUCAUACGAUAUAGAAUAGUAUGCUGCGAUACGAUUUUAAAAGACUAGGCGACGUAUUCAUGUUAACGCCAUCGGCUUAUUAAACCUAUUUUAGUUAUCAAACUAUUGUGGCACUUUUUGUUUCUACAUUUUAAUUUUUCUGUAAAAAAACUUUGAAAGCUUAUAACAGGUUUAGUAAACGUGUGGUACUUUGCGAAUAAGAGGGUUUGUGUUUUUGAUUGAUUUGUCCCUAAUAUAUUGUAUUAUAAUUUUACAAUAGAUUUAUUUAAAUAACUAAAUAAAGGUUUCAAAUUGAAAAGGACGCUCGAAUUGCCAAGGUUAUGAUUAUCCAAAUGCUUUGAGUUUUCUUGAGUGUUAAUUCUGGCAAUAUACGUCAUCAAACAAUUCGACAUGCUGAAAAUUCAGUCUCAUGCCUGAGUUUGGCGAGUCAACGUCUCCUGAUGAUGCCUCGUGUAGAGGCGAAACACGUGUCGAGUUGUAUGAAGACGGAUAUUGGCGGAAUUGGCUCAAGAAAAGUGAAAACAUUUAGAUGAUUAUGGAUUAUGGAUUUCCGCAAAAUUACGCCUUCUUCAAUAAAGGUUUUGAAAGGUUAAAAAUUAUUGUUGUUGUAAGCCAUUUUAAUGUAACACCGAUCAAAAGAUCUUCUGGAAUUAUUCUGUCAGAUUCUACUUACAUUAACCCGUUUGAUAACAGAUUGUUAAUACGGUUUUCAGCAAAAUUUACUUAGUUCUUUUAUACGUCUAGAUAGACUAUGACAGUAGUGAAAACUUGUAUUUAGAACUUACCUCUAUGAUACAAAUCGCGAGUGUAAGACGUACCUUCUCACGUACACUAAACUAAUAUCCCUGGCCUGUUUUUAUCGUUUGUCUAACAGCGAGAGACUAUCUGGACGUAUUGAUAAUCUAAGAAAAUUUAUAUAAAUAUAGUGGCAGCCAUUUUGUUAGCUUGUAGGUGAGUGCGCAUACGUUACUAUGCAUGUGUGGGUAUCAACUAGGUACAGACCAUUUAAGUCUUAUUAAGAUAUUGUCGGUGUGGUUUCUACAGGGGCGUGCAUUGGUUUAUAGCAAGAUGGGCUCUAUUACUAGUUGUAUUUGCGGUUUAGUCCGACAGCGAUUGGUUUUGAGGUAUAAAUAUUGAAGUUGUUUGUGUUUCGCGGUAUAAUUUCCGGACCUUAUACUUUAGUGUGUGUCAUGUUAGGCACAAAUACCCAAUCUAUAAUUCAAUUAAUUAAUAUAUGUAAUUCUCGUGUCAUGGUGUUAAACUUUGAACUCCUCCGAAACGGCUUGACCGAUUCUCAUGAAAUUUUGAGUGCAAAUUGGGUAGGUCUGAGAAUCGGACAACAUCUAUUUUUCAUCCCCCUAAAUGUCAAGGGUGGUUUCACGCCAAUUAUUUUGACAUUUUUUUUUUAAAUUUGUUUGAUUAUGAGUCAGCAUUAAAAAAUACAUACAACUUCAAAUUUUCACCCAUCUUCGAUCAACAGUUACUUUUGUAUCGCGAUUUAAAUAUCGGCAAUACAACGUUUGCUGGGUCAGCUAGUAUUAUAAUAGAAAUUUAGGUAUUGCACACGUCAUAACGCGAGGAGGUUGCAUUGUGAUUCACUCUUGACAUGUCAAUUUUUGUGGUUUUAAAAUGCCUCUAUCAUGAUCAUAAUCUUAUAUCUUUAAACGAGCAAUUCUUGUUUACAUAUAAUCUGACUCUCGGAAACGCCUCCAACAUUUUCAAUACAUUUAGUAUACAGGGGAUUUCGGGGGCGAUAAAUCGAUCUAGCUAGGUUUCAGUUUAAAAAAAUGUAGUUUUAUCUGUGUUUUAAUGAGAAACAGCUACAUUAACAUCAGAAUACAAAGGUAAAUUUUGCCACUAUAUAUACAAGACUAUAAUAGCUCAGAUGGGACAUUGGGUGAUCCGGAAAUAUACGAAUCGAAUCGAAUACGAAUGUCCUAUUAAUAUGUUUUUUUUUGUUCAAGUUUUCUACAUUCUUAAAAAUCCGAGCAAGGAGCUUUCGUCCGGAUAUUGUACUUACAUGAUAAUAUGAGUAGCCGUAUAUCAAAAUCACUUUAAUUAAUGUUUUAUAUCUUUGCUACAAAAUAAUUUUACACUACUUUGUUGUCACGAAAACUCUUGAAGAACUUGACGUAUCGAGACCGCUUUUCUAUUAGCUUCAGAAUACGCUAAAAUGCUUUCAUAUUUUAUAACUGUACUAAAUUUACUUUAAUGUUACUUAUAUAUAUUAAUUUAGGUUCUUAUAAAGGUAGGCAUUGCCUAAUUCCCUAUAUCCAAUGCACGCCCCUGGGUUUUAUGAUAUGCUACGCCUAAGUUCGUUCCGUCAUGCAUCAUACUGCUACUUACGGGGGUUAUUAUAAAGAACAUAACUAUUAGAUAAUAAUAACUAGAACUGUUGGUUCUGUCAUUUUUUGUAUAAAAAAGUACGUUAAAACGUAAGCGCACUUUAAAAUCGCCAUAUAAUACACUGUAAAAUUAAAAUGUUCAUUAGUUUUAUAUAGGAAGCAAAUUUCGAGGUUUCACAACAUUCCCUUCUUAACUUUUUAAUUUAUUUUUAUUUUGCCCAUAAAAAAUAUAAUUUUGUUUGUGAAAGAAAAGUUUAAGAUUAACGGAUGCACAAAUUGAGCGAGACAGGCUUUGAAAUUAUUGUAUUUAGAAUAUUUACUUGUUUAUUAUGAUAUUUUGUAAGUUUCUAGUGUCCUUCUCCUGAUUAUCUUAUAAGGUUCCUACCCAAAAUCCUCUCUAGUCCCAAAUCCUGUGAUGUGCCAACGAAGCCGACGUGUGCGGUACAACGCUCACUUACCAGUCAGGUCUUUUGAUUCAGAUUUGUCGUAAAUCAAGUCGUUGACACAUAACAACCUGAUAUGUAAUAUGUAAAGGAUCAUAAAUUAAAACAUACUUAAUGAAAUGAUUAUAUUAAGAAACGCAGUUUAUUCUUUAUAAAAUGUAAAUUAUUUGUGAACGACUUGCCUUUAGCGACACGUACUAUAUCAAAUAUCCGGCUCGAAGGACCAAAAUAUACAGCAAUUAAUUUCAUUAUUAUAAAUUAUCGUAAUCUUAAUUUAUUUUUUAAGAUUAUUAAUCUCCAAUGUAUAUUUGUAUUGUAGUGAUUGAUUUCCUGAAAAAAGUGAUAAUAGCUUGUUAAGUGAUAGCGUGUUUGAGUGAGUGAGCUAGGCUUUCGUGCGGCACGAUUCCUUCCCUCGGGGCUUAGGUUAUGUAUUUUAUAGAUAUUGUAGUCGAUUAUUGAUUUAAAUGUCACUACUUUGAUCCAAAAUGCCAGUCAUAAUAUAUUGGUUAUUUUUGCGUUCGCUUGAAUAUUUCAAGUAUGACAAACUUGAUUUAUCAUUGUUGUACUUUCACGACGGUCUCAUGUUUGACGAUAUUGCCAGAUUUGAAUAAAACGGUUGUGCAAAUGUUAGUCUCACUAAAUAAAAUAGUAUAGUAUAGAUGUAACUAUUUAUUUAUGAAGCCCAACGAUAGUAUCACUCAUAUAUUCGGAAGUAUGCAAUUAACAAUUAAUUAUUUUUUGUAUUAUGAAUGUAAAUAAGUUGAAGUCGCAUAAUACUCAGAUUGCUUUGAAUUGGAUAGUACCUACAUUACUUAUGGCCGGGUGCGGCCGAGCCAAAUUAUAUGAAUCUAUGUACUAUUUAUCUAUUUUGAUAUCCGUAUAUUUGUAAUGUUUAUAUGUAUUUUCAUCAUAUUUAUUAGUAAUAUUUAAUUGAUCCGAAAAUUGUCACGUAUCACGUUCGAAUGGGGUUUUUAGGAUGCGCUUGUUUUGUGGAAUUUUACUCGAAAUUAAGUAUUUUUUUAUUGAGUGAGUACAGUUACUAAAUCUGUGGCCUAAGUGUAAGGCGAAGUUUAUCUACACUGUUUGUAUAUUUAUCGACACUUUUAACGAUAUAUCGAUAGAAUUGUAUCUGUACCUACUUGCAUGUUUCGGAAUUGUAUAAUAUGAGUAGUAUGUGAGACUAAGCGCGUAACACUAAAUGUUUAGUGAUGUAAGUUCUGGUUGUAUCAUUGACCUCACCAUAGACGUUCUCUUACCAUACAUUUCGUUAAUAAAGCACUCAUUGUUCGAUA